UGCUUGAAGCCGCAGCCGUGGAAGAGCAGCCCCCACCCCCUGGCUUGCAGCGCCUUUGGGCUCGGAGGGGAACCCUUACCGCCCCACCCCCUCCUGAGGAGGAACUGCUCGAGGACAUUUUCCCUUCCAGCGCAGGCUGAAGAUGAACUGCCAGUGAAGCCACGCUGUUGCAGCCCACAACCUGUUCAUGCUGCUCCUCAGUUGUGUGAAAUUUGUCAGGGAAAGGAUGCAUAUAUUGAAAAGAGUCAGUCGCUCUAUCUGGAUGGCGCAAUUCUACGAGACAUUCCAGCUCGCUACGUUAUACCUGCUCUCAAACCACAUGAGAUUCCAGCUGUGGGCGUAUGGGUAGAUCCUCGUAUAGUGCCAGGAUUCCGAUACAGAGUCCAUCCUCUUUCAUCCCAGAGCACUAGAAGGCAAAAGUAUCUGUUCGGGGGUAGAGCACUUGUGUUGGAAAGCAUUGGCCGAGGCUAUUCACGAAGAUUAACUUUCCAAGCUGAUGAAAAUAAUCUCAAUGAAAACUCUAAUUACUUCUGGGCUGAUUCAAACCCUGAGGGAUUUGCUUUUGAAAUAGAAGCAGUGUCUGCUGGAGACAAAUUCACCUUGCAUGAUGCCAACCAUCUUCCAAUUGCUUCACUUGAAGUUCUACAGUGUCAGAAACCACAAGAAGAAGUAAGACAUACUGUUCUUGAUGAUGGUGUAGUAGAGAAGACCAUCCGUGUACGUGCUUUGUGCAAGGCAGAAUGGUUUGAUGAUGGUCAAGCUCCACCGGUAGUGCCUGUGGAUGGUCUGGCAGUAGUAACAAGAUCACGAGGUGCAGCAGCUGCCAAUGUGGUUCGCCUUACUGAUGUGCGUGUUGGCAGUCACCACAAACGUGGUUUCACAUUGGAGCCAGGAGUGGAUGAAAGACUGAGGUGCAUCACUGUACGCUGUGAUGACAUUCCUACUGCCUACACUGUCACAGGACUUGAGGCUUAUGAACUCCCUGUAGUAGGUACAUACGUUGACCCACGUAUUGCACCUGGAUUCUGUUACCGUGUACGCCCAGCAGGCAGCAAGAGGCACUUGUUCGGUGGACGUGCCCUGCGCUUGCUUAAUAUAGGCAUGGGAUAUGGUAAGAGAAUAACAUUUGCACCUGAUCCUGACAACCUCAAUGAACCAGCAAACUAUUUCUGGAGUGAUUCUCAUCCAGAUGGUGUGGGUUUUGAGCCAAGAGCUGUGCAUACGGGUAUGAGGUUUGCUGUUGUGGCAGAUGGACAGCGUGUGGGGGAGGCUUCUGUGUUCAGAGCUGAUGCAGCUCAGCAGGAGGAGAAGCAAGAGCUGGUGAAGCUCGGUAAUAAGACUGCACUUACAAAAUAUAUUCAUGUGGAUGUGACAUGUCAUGUGUCUUUGUCCUUGACUGAUGCACCAGAGCCCCACGUUAUGAGAGUAUCAGGGACUGCUAUUAUUCGACGUGAUCCUGGUCAGACUGAAGCUAAGCUAAUUAAAGUGGAAAAUGUUGGGCUAUCGUCACAACUCAACAUUCUCUUUGUGAUUCAAGAAACUCACCUAGAGUUUCAUCCAUUGUAAAGAUUACAUCCACAGUUAUCUAUUAUGGAUUGUUUUACAAUGCAGGAAAUUUUGAAUCAGUAUUCUUAAAUCACUAUAAAAUAAGUCUGCAUAAAUUUUUAAUUGCAACAUCUCGGAAUUAUUUAUCUUUUUAUAUUUAAUGCAUGUUAAAACUAGAGGACAUAUAAAUUUCUCUGUUGCUAAUGAUCUGAAAUGUAAUUGCUUAAAAUAUUUAUUUAUCCAAAUGAUGACCUGAAAGAUGAUGUGUGAGUUGUUUCUCAAUGUUGUUGCUGCAGGCAUAUCUUUUUAAGUCUAAUCAUUCCAUUUGAAAUACAGCAAAAAUAUCAGCUAUAUUAUCAACGAAAACUACUGUAUUUUUCAGUGUUAGUAACAAGAGGAAGUAUUAGCAUGAGAACUGCUUAAGAAUUUUACUGAAGUUGAUUCCAAUUUUUGGUUGGAACUUUAUAAAUGUCUUGUUUUGAAACUUAAAUAUUUGUACUGAAAACAGUGCGUGCUCAAUAUUUUAUUUAUUGUUCAGUGGCCUACACAUUUAUUGGACUUUUUGAGCUGUUUUGUUGCAUUGGCUUUUAAUUUAAUGACAGUAUGUUGCCCAAAUCAAUGUUUUUAUGUUUCGAUCUGUAUAACUGUUUUGUACAAAUAAAGUUGGAUAAAAGCAAA